GAGCAUCACGCCAUUUAAUUGUAAACCCCGCAAGGAGACACACGUUUCGUUGCCACCAGUGAGAUAGUGCAAGCUAAAAUGGGUUCUAAAGUGUGCUCACACGUUCUAAACUCAAUUUACGCCUUUCUCGGCUUAGCCCUGACUGCGACGGCUAUCUGGUUCUUUGUUGAAGUGAAAGAAGUGACAAAUCUGCGCAAUAGCAACCACUACCUGUUGGAUUACAACCUGUAUUGGCCGCAAGUGAUUCCAUGGCUCUUCAUCAUCGUCGGAUUACUUGUGCUGGGUGUUUCCGGGUGCGGUUUCUCUGGAGCGACAAAGAAGAGUAAAGGAUUACUCCGGGUUCACGUAACGUUCGUGUCUAUAACUAUUUUGGUGUCCCUCGCUGUUGCUGUGAUCGCUUUAGUGUUUGCUGAUAGCAAAUCGUCAGAUAACUUCAUCAAAGAUACAAUUUGGGAUGCGUUUUACCAAAUGAAAGAGCAUCACGAAGUUGAAGAGUCGUUUGGUAGGAUUGAAAGAAGGAUGCAGUGCUGCGGUGCUGAAAGCCCAAGGGAUUACGUCAACUGGAAGAAUGAUUUCCCUAAUUCGUGCUGUGAUGUUUUCUAUCACGGAUGGUUGGAGCCUUACAGCAUCAACUGCGAAAUAACGAACAAACUAGCCAACGAACGCCAUGGAUGCGCCGCGGUAGCUGCGCAGUAUUCAAGAAUCAUCAUCAAAGUCCUAUCAGGUGUCUCAAUUUUCAUCGCUUUCAUCAGUAUUAUCAUACUUGUGGUGUCCAUCAAAAUGUUAAGAUCUAUAUUAAGACGACCGCGAGUUAUACAAGCCCAACAAGAAUCUGAGAGCAAAAAAGGACUAAUAUAAACAGAAUUUUAGUGUUAAAUCAACCGUGAAAUAUGUCUCACGUACUUGUGUUUUUGUCUCUAUUGUGAUGACCGUAAAGGUCUUAUUCGUCAAGCAUGUCGAAUGAUAGUUCGUUUCGAGGUUCUCAAGUACUCUAGUAUUCUAAAGAGGCGCUUUGGAAUGACGAGGAAUCUCAAAUUAUUGUUGUCUGUACAAUUAUGACCAAUUUACAUCAUUUCCAGUGUGGAUGUAGUCAUGUCUGAUACUAACUUUAAACGUGUUAAUGGAGUAUUAUUAUCUCGUCAAAUAGAGACGUCUGAUAUUUUUAAGGCUUGCGUUGUUAAUGGUGUGAUUUUUAAAUUGGUAGAGUAUAAAUGUGACCCCACGUAUCCCCACCGAAAUCGAAAGUAUUCGGUCAGUAUAAAUGAGUUCCAUAGCGGUGGAUUGCUAGACCAGAUGCAUUUAAGCUUUUGUAGCGUCGACGUCGCAUAAAUUUGAUAAAUGAAAAAGUCAAUUAGUAUUAUUUAUGUGUCAUUUAGGAAAUGAUGUUCUCAAUUCGUAAUGCUAAUGCUUCUAGAUAUUAAGCAACCGACUUAGUUGUGAUAUUUAAUAAGCGUGACCGGUUUUUGUUGUUGACUUUUUCAUUUCGCAACGUUAUACUACUGGUGGGGCAUGAGUACCUUCAAGUGAAAGUUUUUAUUUUCUUGUAUUAGAAGAAAAUGUUUAACUUCACAUGUGUUACGUGAAGCAAGGGCUUGUAUAAUGCGACUGAUUUGUGUAGAAUGAAAGUAUGGUGUAAUCAUGUAUGCACAACUGGAUGUAUGAAUGUUUGUAUUGAAUUUCUCAAUAGAAAGUGUGUUGAGUGAAAUUGUUUUAUAAGUUAGUAGGUAUGUUAAAUAGUCUGGAAAUUGUUUAGUAUUAAAAGUAGGGCACGAAGCUUUGUAAAACACUAAUCAAGGAUUUACAAAAAAUGCAUUUCCUGUGCUAAACUGAUUUAGAUUUAAUUUAUUUAAUUUAUGUAAGUACCAAAUAAUUCGUACCUGUAUGAA